GCUGUACGCGCGUGUGUCCCACAUGAUGGCGCAAUUUGUUCUAAAAAUAGAAAAAUUGUCCCAUAUCAUAGGGAAGGCGGGAAGUGGCUCCUGGGGGCUCCUGGUAGUAAGUGAUUGUGAAAAACUCCCGCCAAAAACCCUCUCCCGCGUGGGAAUGGGGCGGGAACGCGACCGAGGCUACGCUGGGGAAUACCCCUCAUCUGAAAACGAAACUGAAAGUUCUACUGAAACAGGCUACUAUUCCUGAAAUACAAAUGACGGAAGCGGAAUUCGAACCUUGCGACGAUUGUACUUCAUAUUGCAUUGUUUAAAACUUGAAUAAGCUUUCAGCAUCGUCAGAUUUACUUCAACAAACUCCGUUGACUUAUCGACGUGAGUGUGGAAUCGACACGAUCGCGUUGGUACAGACUCAGUGACAGAUUUUAAGUUCUUCAAUGUUAUGGAGCAGUUGGAAUUCCAUAGUUUUCUGCUUCAUCUUGGCAAUGAACUGGAGUCUAACGAAUUUGAAGCACUAAAGUUUGUGUUGAAAGGAUACGUGACAUCCUCGAAAUGCGAAGAAAUGGUUCAGGUUUUCAAAUAUUUUGAGGAGAUGGAAAGACUGUGUCUUCUGUCACCCAAAAAUUUCGUGGUGUUGAAAAUUGCGCUUGGAUCGAUUGGACGUCUUGAUCUUGUUGAAAAGAUAGAAGGAAAGGAAGAAUUCUUUGCCUCACUGUUCAGAGAAACGAUUAACAAUGACAACAGCUUAGACAGGAAAGAUUGUGACUUGGUUUGUGAUGACAUUAAAGAGGCAGCUGUACAUUUAGCAGACUUUUUUCCACGUAGUGGCCAGAGCACUUCUGAAAGUAAGGAGGAACAGCUUAAAAUAGACCAUGAUGGUAGCUACAAAAUAUCUUUCAUUUCGUGACUUGUGUCUGAAACGAGCUAAACUACAUUCCAUGCUUUUGACUGAUAAAACCUGAUAUUAUGGUCAAAUUUUUUUUUCUGUUAUCAUCAUCUAAAAAGAUCUGACUGUCUUAUUUAGCAUUGGCAAUUAUAAACCCUGAACAUGAUGUUAUAAUUCUUUCAUUUCAAUUUUCCUUGAAUAAUUUGUGCAGUUCCGGGAAACAUCCAUCCCAAACCUAAGGAAGAUCAUGGAAAAUUCUGAGGGGCAGGAGGGUUUCAAAAGUCCAAAUUUUUAGGGAGAACAUCCAGAAGCUGAACAAUAAUUUGCAAAGGGGUCACUGGGAAAAGAAGAGUGCCUUCCACUAGAGGGGUGCAGGUUUUUUCUGAAACAACAUAUUAAUUAGUAAUAGUAAUUGGAUCAAGUAGAGUACAAUUCAGGGAGUAAUUGCAAGUAAUUUCAAAAUCAGAUAAGUGCAAAGCACUAGGGUGAUUUGAAAUUAUAAGCAUGAUUACUCCCUGAAUUGUAUGACACAAGGUCGAAUGGGUCAGUACAAAACAAAAAUUGGACCCCUCAAUCUGGAGCCCCCUACUGGACCCCCUUUGGACUCCUUCUGGAUCCCGGUCCGGAUCCCCAUUUGGACCACCAUCUGGACCCCCACCUGGAGCCCCUAUUUUUUCUUCCAGAAAAUACGGGCUCCUGAUUUAAAUAAUUUAACUUAGAACAUAACACAAUGAAGUCUAUAUAAUCAUUGAGCAAAAUGUGAAGAAAUUAAUGAAUUCACACAGCAUUGUGUCUAGAAUAAUACAAUGGCUGCGGCUGCACUAUGAGAGUUAACUGGGUUAUUUCUAAUUAAUCAAUUACGAUUAACCGGAUAACCGAAAAAUCGUGAGUGGCCGCUAUUUUCAACAGUUCAUUGAACUUAAACUGGGUUAAUGGUUACCAUGGAAAUUAAUUGAAGAACAAUUAUAGAUUUUUAACCGAGUGAGGUUAAUUUUAAACUACCUUUCUGCGUGGUCUAACCUAGGUUAGUGGUCUCUUAUCAGUGCCAUGCAUUGGCUUUUUGGUGAGAUGUGUCAGUCAUCACGGUCUGUACGUGAGAUGUUGUUCACAGUGGCACAAACAAGUGCAUUAUCUUCUACUGACCAUGGCAAGUAGUAACAACAGUUUGAAACAGUUGUAUUACUUGAACAGAUUUCUGGUUUUUUCCUAAUAUGUGUCGGCUAUACCAUAUCAGUCAAGUUUGCAAGGAACCUUUACGCCUGAACUAUGGCUUGAACAAGAAGUGCUCAUUCACCUUAGAAGGAGAAAUUCUAAUCGAC